AUGCAACGUCUGUCAACUGACGAGUUGUCCUCUUCAUCGUUCACCAGCUCGGAUAUGGACAUGGAUAUAGCCCGCCAAGAGGAGCUUCUGAUUGAAAAGUAUGGGGGGCUUCAGCUAAAGCAACGCGCACUGCUGGGAAAGUUGGACAACCUGAUGUUGCUAAGCAUUGACCACCUGACGCUGUUGCAUCCGUUGCAGUGCCCCAUCGACCAACUGCCAGUUAAGUCCAAGCGCACUGUGCCAACUCAGCGCGGCCGGUCGCACCUGGACGUGGUUGGCUGGUCGGAGCCGGUUGCGGUGCCGGUCAAUGCAUCCAGGACAGUCCUGGAUAUCUAA